GGUGAAACCUCGGAAGCCUUCAGAAAAGCCUCGGUUUCCCCAUCACUAAAGUGUACGUUAUCCGUCUUCUUGCUUCAUGUACCUAGGAACACGGAUGGCCACCAUAUCCAUGUAGAGACACCACCUGAUAGUAACAACAAUGGGACGGUGUUACUUUGAGCCAAGAUGGCGCCGCUGUAACGCCGCGUCACUCUAGCCUUCUACCACCUGUUUAAUGACGCUACUCGAAACAUACGGCGAAGACGCCCUUAGCAACAAACCAGACAAAUCACAUCAACAACAAAAAUUUGGAGCUCCUGCUACUGACAAGAUUGGUUUAAAAAAAAAAAAAAAAAAAAAAACAUAAGUCGUUUUAACGGUGUUAACGCACUGAGGACAUUAUAAUAUUACCCGAAUUAGACGCCAGCGUCUCUGAAUUCAACGAGAACUGGGGCUUUUUUUUUGUGUGUGCCCAGAGUUGAGGUAACGUUAGCUAAGCUAACCGACGAUUACCUCUCUCAAAGCGAAAACAGCUUCACAGGCAUUCCGGAAGGAGGACGGGUCAUGGGGGCCGAUCGAAGCAGAAGCUAACUAGUUACAUUGCUAACUAAUCCGUGACCGCAUAGUACACUCGAUAUUUCGUGUUUCUUAUGGGGAAUGGUUCUCUGGGGUUGGAUAUAUAGUCCUCAACCGAGAAGAGAGAAAGGCGAGGAGGGGUCAGACAGCUAAAGCUGUCAUUUUGAGAUUCGAAACUAUUUCGGACAGCGGGAGUCAUUUAGCUUUUGCUCAACUCGCGGACGUGUGUUUUUGUGUGUGUCUGUGCUAACAACGUUAGCUGACGGAAACGAGAAACGACGACUCCCAUCGCUGGAACUUUUUCAGACUGCAGGGCUAACGAGUUGACAAAGCCAUGGGUUUUAGGACGAGAGUAAGGUCACAUUGUGUAGGUAGAGAGUCCUAGCUAUAAUAUUAAGUUGAGCAAGUGAGGAAAGCUAUAUUAAACUAAUUUAUGUAGCUAUAUUUCAUCCGAUGAAGUUGGCUAGUAGGGGUUAUUUUGGAUCCCUUGAGCUAGCUAAACGAGCACGAAUUGCAAGUGAUACAAGCUGCCCUCGAAGUCUUUUUUUAUUAUAACUAGCCGAAGUCUUGGCUAGUUUUUUAAAAAGUUUUUUUAGAUACGGUUGUUUUUACUAAAGAUUUUUUAAACUCCACCUCGGAUGCUGGCUUCAAAGUUAAACUGCAAUCAUGAUGGUAUUACAGAGAAAAGCAGAAGGCCCCAUAACAGCAGCGCGUCAUGGUGACGGCCUCUAUAACUCCUACAUGAGAACUGACCACCUACUGAAGGAAGAAGCAGACACACACAGUCCCGCUGGCCUGCCCCCGAUACCCAAACACACUGUGAAUAAGCCAGGUGUGAUGCGGGACCAGAUCGGUGUUAGUGGGGGUCAGCUGAAGGUCAAGUACCCGUACGAAGACUCCACCUACAACCGCAAGGUCAAUGCUAUUACCACGACAACACACAACGGCAACAGCACCACCGGACAGACCACCGGUAAACCCUCCCCGGUGACUGGGCUGUCUAAAGAGCGCCCCCCCGGACAGACCACCGGUAAACCCGCCCUGGUGUCUGGACUGUCUAAAGAACGCAGCUCAGACAGUACGGGCUCCAGUAAAGGGUCGUCAGAGAGUACCGGACCCUGGGGAGGCAAACUGGUGGGACCCCUGACUCCUGAACAGGCCCUCAGACAGUACCGCUCUCAACUUACUAUCCUGGAACAGACUGAGAUACACUCCUACCCAGAGGUGUAUUUCCUGGGUCCCAACGCUAAGAAGCGUCCUGCAGUCGCUGGGGGCAACAACAAUGGGGGUUUUGAUGACGAGCAGGGCGGGUACAUCCAUGUACCCCACGAUCACCUGGCCUUCAGAUACGAGUUCCUCAAAGUCAUCGGCAAGGGCAGCUUCGGACAGGUGGCGAAGGUGUACGACCACAAGCUGCAGCAGCACCUGGCUCUGAAGAUGGUCCGUAACGAGAAGCGUUUCCACCGCCAAGCCCAGGAAGAAAUACGCAUCCUCGAGCACCUCCGUAAGCAGGACCGCUCUGGAACCAUGAACACCGUCCACAUGCUAGAACACUUCACCUUCAGAAACCACAUCUGCAUGACCUUUGAACUGCUCAGCAUGAACCUGUAUGAGCUGAUCAAGAGGAAUAAGUUCCAGGGCUUCAGUCUGCCGCUGGUCAGGAAGUUUGCCCACAGCAUCCUGCAGUGUCUGGAGGCUUUGAACCGACACCGGAUCAUCCACUGUGACCUGAAGCCGGAGAAUAUACUGCUGAAACAGCAGGGACGGAGUGGAAUCAAGGUGAUAGACUUUGGUUCGUCAUGUUUCCAUCACCAGCGUGUGUACACGUACAUCCAGUCCCGCUUCUACCGUGCCCCUGAGGUCAUCCUGGGGUCACGCUACGGUCUCCCCAUUGACAUGUGGUCAUUUGGCUGUAUCCUGGCUGAGCUGCUGACAGGGUAUCCCAUGUUCCCAGGCGAGGACGAGGGGGACCAGCUGGCCUGUGUCAUGGAGCUACUGGGCAUGCCCCCUACCAAGCUGCUGGAGCAAGCCAAGAGGGCUAAGAACUUCAUCUCCUCCAAGGGCCACCCGCGCUACUGCGGGGCUAACACCUUGCCCAGUGGGGCCACGGUGUUCACGGGCUCCCGCUCGCGCAGGGGGAAGCUCCGGGGUCCCCCUGCCAGUAAAGAGUGGAGCGCGGCCCUGAAGGGAUGUGAAGAUCUCACCUUUACAGACUUUAUUAAGAGGUGUCUAGACUGGGACCCUUCCAGCAGACUGACCCCUAGUCAGGCCCUCAGACACCCCUGGCUCUACCGACGCCUGCCUAAGCCCCUGGCCCCCGCCGCUGGAGAGAAGAAGGGAGCAGCAGAACACCACUCUACCUCCUUCCCAUCCAUCCUGCCGGCUAAAGGAGGGAGCGGCACAGCGGCAAAUCACAAACUGAGAGCCAACAUGAUGGGAGACUCAGCAGGGUCCAUACCCCUCCGCACCGUGCUGCCCAAACUGGUCUCAUAGACAGAUGGAGAGAGGGACAGAACCAGGAGGUUUUAAAUGAGUUGGGUUGUUCUUUACUCUUUUGGUUUUCUGUGUUUUUAAUUAUUUUGGAACGUGUGGACACUCCAGGUGUUGAUUUAGAAUUGUAUCUGAUGAACGGCCGUUGGACAGACUAUAUAAAGGUGUUUACAGCAGGUUAA